CCUCUAUAUUGCUUCAUACUGUGUAUACGGAUGUUAGGGCUCCGUUAUUGUGGGCAGGUUAUGGAACAGUGCCGAUGAAUGUCCGGUCUUUUUUGCUUUCAAACGAAGGUAGGGCUGGCGGAACCAGCGUGGCCAUCUCAAAAAUGUCUGGUGUUGCCAGUGGCCGCUUCAUGUAUUUUGCUUUUGGGAGCAACUUGUUGAAGGAAAGACUGCAACUGACAAACCCCUCUGCAUCAUUUUGCACCACCGGUCGACUGAAGGACUAUGAGUUGAACUUUGGCCUGUGGGAGCAACAUGUGGAAAACGCUUGGCAUGGUGGGGUGGCCACCAUUGAGUUCUGUCCAGGCGCAGAAGUGUGGGGGGUAAUCUGGACUUUGAGCAAUGAAAACCUCACAAGCCUUGACAACCAGGAAGGGGUGAACCUGGGAAUGUACUCACCCCUGGAGGUUCCAGUGGACACUGACAAAGGACUGAUUCUCUGCAGGACUUAUCAGAUGAACAAUUUCCACGCGUGUGCACCCUCUCCUCAGUACAAACAAGUGGUGUGUCUGGGUGCAGAGCAGAACGGCCUCCCAGUGGAGUACCUGAAGAGACUGGAGGUCAUUCAAACCAACAACUACAGUGGGCCCUCAAUCCUUGAUCAAAUCCGAUCAUCUAUGAAAUAGAGUUCAAUAAAAGUUUAUUCUUGAAGUUUGAAACACCAGUUGACCAAAAACAGCCUCACCUCAUGGUCCACUUAGUAGCUGUUCUGAGAACCUUGUGGUCUCAAUGUCCACUUCCUCACAGUUUGUGGGGCUUUCAACUGAAUUUCUUUGUCUUCAUUAUGACCUUCAUCCUGUCAUAUGAAAUAGUAAAGUAUUUAAUAGUGGAGUAAUUAAAUGAUAAUAAUGAAAUAUUAAUGAUGAAGACUGUAAGUCUCAGUUAACAUAGGGUGGAAAAAGCUAGUAAGUGGACCUUAAGAUUUUCUUUGUCAAAUUAUUGUUUCCUAGGUAAAGUAGAACCAGUAUGUGGCAGGAAAUUAAUAAUGCAUGCUCUUAGCAAUGAGACAUUUGGCCAGCCCCAACACUAUUUUAUGUUUUUGAGCAGUUAAUUUUUGAACUAUCUUGACAAACGUAUUUAAUUUUAAAGCCAUCACAAUGGAAGACCAAAAUGUAUGUGGUGGUGUUUAACUCCAGCAUUUCUCAGGGGAAUAUUAAACAGAUGAAAAACCA